CCCAACACCCGGCCUGUGGCGUCCAUCGGUUUCGGUUUUGGAGCCUCAAGCUUUGCAUCUCCAACGUUCGCCCCACCCCCGGCGUCCAUCACACAGAAGCCAUCCGUCAUCCCAAGUCCUACCAGGCAGGCCUCGAACAAGCGUCGCCAUGAGCCUGAUGAACAAGAGGAUGAGAAUAUGCUUGCUCGUUCGCCGAGUCCUGAUAGACCCAAGAAGGGCCUUACCAAGCGCAUACGCGUCGAGGGUGUGAAAGCACCCACUGUUUCAAAUCCUAAACCGGCUCCAGAAGCACAGCAAGACACUAUAGACGUUGGAAUGCUCUUGGGUACGCCCCCAUGUUGUCUCAGGCCUUUGUGCGCAUUGCAACUGCUAAUCAAUACCCAUCGUUUAUUAGCUUCGUUACCACCUGCUUCACUCCUUCCUAUCCUCACCUCCUUGAUAACCAAGUACCCUGCAUUGAAGCAAUUAAUCAUACCCCUGAUCCCCCGCCCUACCCUUGACGCUGCUCUUCAAGCCCUCAUUGCUUCCAUCAAGAAAAUUCGGGAUACAUACCCUUACUCACAACAUGCCCCUCUCAAUACAAGCUUUGGAUUUGGCCUAUCAAGCGUUCCAUCUAGUCGUGAUUCAUCACCUGCUAUUGGUUCUUCCUCAGGAAGAACGAGCGGCAUGCGCGAGUCGUAUAUUCAGAAUCGAAUUCGCCUGCCUUUGGCCGAGUUCGCCUCCACGGCUAGCUCAUAUCUGGUUUAUUUCACCUCUUUGCCAAGCGAGACCCAGUCUUCCACGACGCAGCAACCCAACGUCUCGUCCCUUCCGCCCGUCGCCCGCAAUUUAGUAUACGCCGAGUCCAGUGGGCUUCUCAUACGACUUCAUAGAGAAUGGGUUGCUUGGCUUGACCGCAUCGCCGAACACGUUAACCGUUCUGGUGGUAUGUACGGUGAGGAAACCGUUAGAACAUGGGAGAGAGGACUCGAUGAGAUGGUUGCAAGCGAGGAUAGAGAUGUCAAGGAUGGAUUGUCCGUGACAAUUGAUCCAUCUUCCCUGGGACCUGGGGAAGUCAUUCCUCAGCGGCCUCUUCGGACGCUACGAGAUGCCUGGAUUACCAAGGUUGGGUGGUUGAUUGGACGACGAAGCCGUUCCGUUUUGGAUGGUAUGGAUGAAGAUGAAGAAUUGUAAGAAAUUUAGCUUCUCCGCUUCCGCUGUUUAGAUCCACGUAUACCUUUUGUGUGCGGCCUUUGCGGGCUGUCCCUCAAGCUUUCUUCCUUUUCACUUCAUGUACAUUGAUUCAACUCAACCGCACGCCCGUUACAUUCAUAUCAUAUCACAGCAAACCCUCACAACUUGUAGAAAUUUCUCACGUUAACAUGAAAUUUUUAUCAUUGCUUGAUGAUUUAUCUUUAUUUCAAUGACGUUCAAUCUGAUGGUUUCGAAUAUGAGAAUGGGUGGCAGUAUGGGGCAUGGGAAUGGAAUGGCUUGGGAAUCUUGACUAGGCAAGUUGUUUCCAGCAAGCGG